CUGAAAUAAUAAUAAAAAAUAUAUUUUUUUUAAUUUGGUUUUAUUGGGUUUAUUUUGCUUCCAAGAGAUUUCAGAUAGUAUGCUUUUGAUUUCCAGCUGAUUUAAAACGAAGGAUUUUUAAAAUAAUAGUUAAAAUGUUGAAAGAAUAUUUGGAUGUUUAUCCCAUCAAUACAAAUAAUUAUUUAUAAUCAACAUAUAGAAACAGGAAGGACAUCUUGCUCAAAAAAUGGACAGGAGGCAGUCCUAUCCCCCAAUAAAUAACUUUGUUCCGGCUGACUCAUGCAUGCUAAUCUGGAUGGCUGGGCUAAUGGAAAGUAUUAGCCAAAACAAACACAACAUAGCAAAAUCUAGUCACAACCUUUCACACACAAUAAAUUGUAAUUUCUCCAAUUUUCAUUGGUAUUAGGCUAGAGAGCAGGGGUGAAAUUAAUUUAGCAUACUUCAAACUACAUGUGCCCUUCAAUCAGUAUUUAAACCACAAUGAUAAGAUUGAGACCAGGGACCCAAAAUGACUUGGUUUACAUGCUUUAUCGUUAUUCUCUCUGUUGUAAGUUGUAUGGCAUUUAAAGAAAAAGUGUCAAGAAAAUGUAUGCAAGACACCAAGAGAUUUAUUCAGGACCUUAAUGAGGACAUCCCAAAAGAGUAUGCUGCUUUGAUGUAUGAUGCUUUUGGAAAAAUGGGCAGCGAUUUUGUGGGUGGAAACAUGAACAGACCAGGAUCGUUCAGCGAAUGCAUUUUAGCCAAUGCAGGUGGUUUCAGUGGGCAAUACUGCCAAGUCAUGUUAAUACAGGAACAAACUGGGUACUUAGUGGGCCUGUGUGUUCCAGAUUCUUGUGAAGAGGCUGAAAUUGAAAUAUUAGUGGCAAAUGAUGUAUUUAAGUAUAAGGAUACAUCAUUAGUGCCUCCCAUUCCAUCUGUGCUUCUUCACAACUCUACACAACAGAUACCAGUAUCCACAACAAAAUGUCUGAAAAAAAAUGGUGCUCCAGAUGCAUCUGCUAUAGUUUGCCUGUUUGUUUGCAGUUUCAUUGUGGCACUACCCCUAGGUGGAACUAUUUAUGUAGCCUUAAUAAAAUGGAAAAAACAAAAAUGGACUCUAUCCACUGUUGGUUCCAAAUUUAAGUCAGACCCAAAUAUUUAUGGUACCUUUCUUCAACAUGAUGUGCACCAGAAACAUGCCAAUAUCUUCAGUGCAGAUGUAGCAUCACCAACAGAACACACAUUGGCAAAAGAAGUGGAAGAAAACAACAAAAGUCGUUUGGUUUACUUUUUGGAUAAUUUUUUGAAAACAUUCUCGUUGCAAAAUAAUUUUUCAUCUCUGUGGGCUACGAAGGACAAAGGACAUUAUUCUGCACUGAAUGGAAUUCGAAUUUUGAGUCUCCUGUGGAUCAUUUGUGGACACAAUAUCCAGUUAAGCGCUUGGGAAAACUUAGACAAUGCUAAAAGAUGGAAAGACAGUGUAGCAAACAAUCCUGCUUACAUUGUUGCAUUAAGUGGACCCUCCUAUUUAGCUGUGGAUACCUUCUUGCUUAUUGGUGGUCUCCUGAGUGUAAAAUCACUUUUCAGCUUGAUUGAUGGAGCAGAUGAUAAGAUGACCGUACAGCUUGUGGGGACAUUUUUGCUUAACAGAAUAAAGAGGAUCCAGCCUCUCCACAUUUUCAUGGUUUGCCUAUCGAUUGGAUUACUUUCCGUUGUCCCUAAGGGUUCCUUCUGGAGUUUUGCAGAAAUGCAGAUAGAUAUUUGUAAAAAAUAUUGGUGGGCAAACAUGCUGCUUAUAAAUAAUCUGUUUUUUUACCCUAACUCGUGCAUUCCAUGGUCAUGGUAUCUGGCUAUUGACGUCCAGUUCUAUUUUACAACACCUUUGCUGGUUUUUCUGCUCCGAAGAAAUACAUGCACACUGAUUGCUGUAGCAACCAUCUUCCUUUUAAUUCCCUGCAUUAUCAGUGCCUUGCUAACAGCAUAUUUCCAAUUACCACUGUAUCUACCAAGUGAAUGGAUUUACAAGGCAUACUUUGAAUAUUAUUAUAAUAAGCCAUAUUCCAGAUAUGGUCCAUAUUUGAUUGGAAUCCUUCUGGGCAUGUUCAUGAAUGCCAAGAAAGAUCGUCUUUUAAAGAAACAGUGGCAGGCUGCAGUUGGCUGGAUUUCCUCGUUGACCUCCAUGGCUUUGUUGGUAGCCCUAGCGUAUGUUUUACAUGAGGUUCCCAAUUAUCCGUCUGCACCUCACGCUAUAUACCAGGGGCUGCACAGGACUCUCUGGGCUGUUGCUGUUGCCUGGAUAAUAUUUGCUUGUGACGAAGGUUUCGGAGGAUAUAUAAAUACAUUUCUUUCCCUAAAUGUGUGGAUCCCAUUUUCAAGCAUCAGUUUUGCAUGCUUCAUGAUACACCCUCUUCUUAUUAUUAUAUUCAAUGGAGUUCAGGAAACGUUAUUCCAUUAUACAGACAUUAACUUUUUCUACCUUUACAUGGGGCACAUUGUUCUGACAGUCGCUUUGGGAUAUGUACUAACUGUGCUGGUUGAAAAACCAUACUUAUUUCUAAAGCGCCACAUUAAAUAAUUAUGGACUAUGCAAGCUGUGGAAGGCACUCAAGUUUUAUACUUGCAAUAAAAAAGGCACAUGAAUUUUAAACAAAAGAGAAUGUUUUGUGGAUUUUAAGAACCAGUCGCAAA